AUGUUUAUGUUGUUCGGCUUUAUGAGUUUUAAUUUAUCUUCAACUCAUGAUCUCGGCGCCUUUUGCAAUGCUCGUAGCCUCGUUGGCAAUGAGCUGAUUGCUUUUGAUGACCUUUACGGAGCACUGGUCACACCCUCAACUAUGGAGCAUGAGUAUUUAGCGACAGCGUUGUCAUUGCAUUAUCCCAAGACACGCCCGCACCGUUCCAUCAUGACCCCUCCCCUCUCGGCUUCUCCUGAUAUAGGGUCUCAGGUAUCUGAGAGGCUCGUUUCCGUUCUCCAGCAUCACUUUCUACACCCUAUCCAUGUUAGCGGAGUCUAUCCGUUGGCGGGCCAUCUUCAUUCACUCUUCUUGGUUCGAUUGUCAAAUGAGACUCAUUUACUGUGGAAAUGCUCGCCAAAACCCACGACACCGCUUCUUCGACGUGAGCAUAUCUUGCUUGACACAGAAGCACGGGCUCUCUCGCUUCUGAACCAGACUCCCACUCCAUCCAUCCCAAUGCUGCUUCAUUAUGAUCCAUUAGGGGAACUACUUGGACCGUCCUUUCUCAUACGUCAUCAUAUUGCAGGCUCAACCCUCGAAAACAUGGAGCGCCAACUCAGCUCUCAAGAACGAAAAGCCAUCGACAGAAGCCUGGGGCUCUUGGGGAAGCGUAUCUCACAGCACAUGUCCGACUCGUUUGGAAGCCUUGCGCAAGUGGCUAGCGCUGCCGGUAAACAAUCAUGGCGAGAAGCCUUUCUCAAUCUUUUUGAGGGAAUACUUCGAGACUCGGAAGAUGUCUUCAUCAAUCUUCCCUACAGCGAGAUUAGGUAUCAGGUCAGCCGGUUAUCGCCAGUCUUAGACGAGAUCCUAGUGCCGCGUCUUGUGGUGAUUGAUUUCGGGCAUCCAUCGCAUGUGUUCGUGGACCCGGAGAGCAAACGGCUAAGCGGGGUGUCUGGAUUUGGCACCGCGGUUUGGGGGGACGUCUACAUGGCAAAGAUAUUUGAGAAUCCAUCAGCCCCUAUGCUGGACGCGUUUGGGUCAGCUUAUACAAAAUCUCAGUCGGGUCGGAUUAGGCAGCUUCUGUACUCCUGCUACCGCUCCGUGCACAGUAUUGUCCUUCAAUACUACCGAAAGAAUAGCGACACGGUCGCUGAAAUCGAUGUGAGAAGACAGCUGAUGGCGACGCUGGCGAAGAUGUCAGUGGUCUGA